CGGACGCAAAACAGGGACGGCUGAGGGGACGCCGCCGCUUCUCGCUCUCCCCGCCCGGCUCCCCCUUGGCCGCGUCCCCUCCGGCCAUGGGGCGUCCGCCGCCGCCGUUGUCCCCCCCACCGCGGAUCCAGACGGGGCUUCCCCCUCCUCGCGAGUCUGAGGGUGCCGGGACGAGCCCCCGGAGGGAGCCACUCGUGAGGCGGCGAUAGACUCCACCUGCUGUUGAAGAUUUUGGAAGGCAGUGGUGGAUAUGACUGUACCGAUGAAAUGCUCACCAGCAGGUGUUCUGCUUCAUAUGGCCCUCCUCCACUAGGCCUGCCAUGACUGCAUUCUUCACCAGCGUCCCCAACUGGAUUCAAGAUGCCAAGCCGGAGGAGGAGGAGACGGGCUGGAAAUUAGUGCCCAGACCCAGGGGCCGAGAAAGUGAGAGCCAAGGGAAGUGCCAGUACGAGCUGUCAGGAGUCCCCUUCCCCAGUGUGGAUAAGCUGAGAGCAAGCUCAGAGCACAGGCCCUAUUGCUGCCCGCAGCUGCACUGCGGAAAGGCCUUUGCCUCCAAGUACAAGCUCUACAGGCACCUGGCCACUCACUCUGCCCAGAAGCCCCACCAAUGUAUGUACUGUGAGAAGAUGUUCCACCGCAAGGAUCACCUCCGCAACCAUCUUCAGACGCACGACCCGAACAAAGAGGCUCUUCACUGCCCGGAGUGCGGCAAGAACUACAACACCAAGCUCGGCUACCGGCGCCACCUGGCCAUGCACGCUGCUGCCAGCGGCGACCUCAGCUGCAAAGUGUGCCUGCAGAUGUUUGAGAGCACCCAGGUCCUGCUGGAGCACCUGAAGGCCCAUUCCCGGAGGCCGUCAGGCAGCGUGAAGGAAAAGAAACACCCGUGCGACCACUGCGACCGGCGCUUCUACACCCGCAAGGACGUGCGGAGGCACCUGGUGGUGCACACGGGCCGGAAGGACUUCUUGUGCCAGUACUGCGCUCAGCGCUUUGGCCGAAAAGACCACCUCACCAGGCACAUGAAGAAGAGCCACUCCCAGGAACUGCUGAAGAUCAAGACCGAGCCAGUGGACAUGCUGGGCCUUCUUAGCUGCAGUUCAGCAGUGUCAGUGAAGGAGGAGCUGAGCCCCGUCUUGUGCAUGGCAUCCCGGGAUGUGAUGAAUAGCAAGAGUUUCCCCGGGAUGCUGCCCAUGGGCAUGUAUGGGACGCAUGUCCCUGCCAUGUCCAGCUCAGGGAUGCCCCAUUCUCUGGUCCCCAACUCUUUGCCGAUGGGAAUGAGCUACCCUCUGGAAUCGUCCUCCCCACCGCAACCUCCUCCCAAGUACCAGCUUGGAUCUACCUCAUACUUGCCUGACAAGCUACCCAAAGCAGAGGUGGAGAGUUGUUUGGCAGAGCUGCCUGGAGGUCUGUCCCUGGGCUCUGGUGAGCCCCCCUCGUCUUCUCCUCAGCCGUCCCUCCUGGAGGACUCUUUGCUCUCCAAGAGCCCGGCUCUGCUCUCUGAGGCCCUCUGUGCUGCUAACAUGGACUUCUCUCAUCUUCUGGGCUUCCUCCCCUUGAACCUUCCGUCGUGCACCCCACCAGUUUCCUCGGGGGGGCUGGUCAUGGGUUACUCACAGGGAGAGACCCAGUCACUCCUCACCGCUUUGCCACCGCAAGAAUCGCCAGGAGCCACGGCAUCUCUCGGCUUCGGGGCCCUUCAUUCGCUGCCCUCGGUCUUCUCUCCCAGCUUGGGUGCCACCACCUUACCCCGUUUCCACCAGGCGUUCCAGUGAAAAAGAGCAGAGCUCCCACGGGGAUGGGGUACUGCAAAGGUGCCCAGGCGUCUUUCCUACCUCGGGCUGGGAAAGCCGUUGCGGGGAGUGCCUGUGGACUUGGAACUGUUGCAUACCCUUUGGGGUGUGCCCCAGUCCUGGACAGUGAGUAGGUUGCAGCAAUUAGAAUUUCAGGUAUUUUUCUAAGUUGUUCUUUGGUGAAUCAGGAACCACAUUUCAUGUGGAUCUUCACAGGGGCUUCCUACUAUAGAAGGAGGUUAGAUCCAGAUCUGUCCCUACUCCGGGCCCAACGCUUGUUCUGCAUUCACGUCUCAGUUCCCCAGGCGGAGUCUCCCUUGCCCUGCUAACUCCCUUCGUCUUCUCUGCUGACUAUCCCCGAGUCGCUGGCUCUGGGGCAUGCAGCUCCCUCCCCCUUUAUUUUUUUGCAGAGCCACUUCAUUAAGACUCCUUCCAGCAGAAUCCCGUUUCUGCCAAGCCUGGUUCCUUUCUCUCCAUCGUUACGAAUCAAGAAGCACUGGGAACACCGUCUCGGUUUCCAGUGUCGCUAGGAUACUGUUUACACAAUGAAGUCGGGUGAUACCGAUUUCACUUCACUACUACUUCCAUUUCAUCCCCUGUGGGGAAAUAAACUGACUUUGGAUUGCUUCAGCUUUUGCCAGUUCAGCUGACUGCUCUGUGAAUGUGUCCUUGUCAUCUCAGUGCAGGCCAGACGUGUCCUGCAGUUUAACAGAUCCAACUUGCCUGUGUGUGUGUGUGUGCAAGAGCAAUGCUUCCCAGAGUACGGGCGGGCGGGCAAAGAGCAGUAGGCAGUGCUGGGUGGCCAGGGGCUCACCCGUUCUUACGACAUCCCUGUGGCUUGGCUGGCUGGGGCCUGUUCCCACUUUGCAUCUGGUGGUGGGGUCUGCCACUCUGCUGUCUUGGUAGUCGGCACAGCUGUGACUGUGUUGUGCUUCGGUAGGAGUCUGCAGAAGGGAGGUUCCAGCUCCCCAGGCAAGCCAGGCACAAGCCUCGAGGAGAAGGUGGCUUCGUCCUACCCACUGCAUGCCUGUAAGGCAUUGUCUGUCGGAGGAAACCACUAGGCUGUGCUUCUUGCCCGCUCUGACAAGUCCUGCUCACAGCACAUGGCAUGGAGUAGAUCUGCCGCUGGCGUGAUGCCGCCUCAAGAAUUCCUCAGCUUCCCAGGUGCCUGCCUCUUGGCCCUGAAGGAGACUUUGGAAAUGCUCUUGGAGGGCAGUUGUAGGCCAGGACUGUCUUGUCUGCAGUCUACAAAUGCACUCUUUCUACAUUGUCUUUUAUUUGCUUCCCCCUACCACAUAAAGCCCCCGUGCUUCCUUCUGUUUCUCUAAGCAAUUAUAGCCCCUCCUUCAUCAGCCGAGCCUUUUCUGUAUCUCUUCCUUGGGCAACCAGUUCUGAGUGCUUUCCUGGAUGUGCCCCAGUAGAAUGCAGGCUGCUCUGUGUAGAUUGGUGUGGAAAGCCAAGAUUUGGCAUCAGUGCCGGAGACUAGAACAUAGGGAUGGGCAGAGACUGCUUUACCCUCAGGGGCUUCCUAGCACUUCUGAGUUGUUGCUCCUGGAGAAGAAGCGGGCCCUCUGUGUUUGGUCUUCCUAGCCCAGUGUUGAUGUCAAGAAGAGCUCGGGUUGACGGACAGUGUGUGGAAACGGGGUGUUACAGGUUGUUUUCCUCAGCGUGUAUUUGCAGGGUAUUUUUUUUUUUACUACUUCCUUUCUCUCUGUUUUGCUUAGGGUCCUCAUCUCUUGCCCUUGCAAGAGCUGCCCAGCCCUUUCCUAGCCUCCCGCUGGAAUUCUUCUGUCUGCCUGUAUCACAGCAAAUACCUCAUUGUAUGGGUUCCAUACCUUCCUGUUAUGAAAUCGCACUUCAUAGCCUCAUGAGGGGCCGCUGUACCUGUGUUGCGUUUCAGGGUCUCUCCGCAAACCCCAGACUUGCACUUCAUCAUACCUCACCAUAUAGGAAGGGCAAGGCGAGAGCGGUCCUCCCCUGCAGUCCUCCUCUGCCCGUCCAGGACUGGAAGCCUACCUCUGCCUUGAUUCUGCUGAUGAAUCGCUGGUCCCUCUGGACCCAGAUCUCUUUUAAUAGACCCACAGAAAGCUUUGUCGACUAAUCCACGUUAAUUCUAGUUUGCUUUGAGCUCCAGAAGCUCCUCUUGUUUCAGUAUUUUGAUAGUUUGUGUACUGGAUCCCCCCUGGAGGGAUAGGCUUUUAAGGCUUAGCUAGCCUUCCUCUAGCUGUUUGUUGUUUUAUAUCAGAGUAAUAUUUACCUCAACAGUUGCAUGUGGCAGUGAGUUCCACAAGCUGUGCUUCCUGACGUUGCCUUUCUAACUUCAGCGUGUGCCUUGUGCUGGGUAAAUAGAAGAGCAUGUGGGCUUCUCCUUAUCCGUCAGUAUUUUCAAAUACCUCAGUUGCAUCUCCCAUUACUCUCCUUUUCCAGAAAUUGUUGCACAGUCUUUCUCUUAUGCAAUCCUCCUCACUUCCCUACCUCGACACAUGAUGAAUUUCCACAUUUUACCUUGAUUUCUGAACCUGCCGGAUUGAAGAAAUGGCCUGGGUAGCGCUGCUUGUCUUGGAUCACUCAUCCAGUUUGGGCAACCUCUUCGGUUGCCUGCUUGCAGCUUCCAGUUCUGGCAAAAGUUGGGCCUGGGAAGGGUUUUUCCCCCCCCAGGUUCUGGCCAAAAUUCUUUUGACAGACUAUUUCACUAUUACUUGUGUCUUUGCUUCAUUAUAUAACAUAGGUAUAGCUAAGCUCCCCCCCCACACACACACACACACUUUUAACUCCGAGCAGUCUCAGAUUCCAAACCUGGAAUUCAAAUUGUAACCAAAGUAUUGCUCUGCUGGUAACAGGAGAAUGGUUACAGUGGAUCCCAUUAGCUACAGAUGUUAAAAGGGCAUGCACACAGCUGUCCUGGGUCAUAUAGUUGGUGUGGCCGGUCUGGUCUCUCUUUGACAGUGACCAAAUUCAGGUAUUGAAGUGGAACAGUUUAAUUGCAGGGAAGGGUGUUGACUGUGGCAUCAGUCCACCCUGACUUACUGCUCUAUGUUGACCAUUAUGGGAUGGAUCUUGCACCCAGAGGAAGGCACCAUCCUUAGUUGAAUAGAUCCCUGGGGUUCAGCCCUAAAACCGCUACUGUCUCUGCAGAGGCAGCAAAAGAGGACUGCAAGUUCAGUGCAGCAAUUUUGGUAAAAUCUUGGCUGAGAAUGGCUGGUCUCCGCCAUGGAGAGCGGAAGGGAAGAGAGACUUAAAAAGUGUGAAGCCAGUUUUUCUUCUGUCAUGCCGUAUGCCGUGAUUCAGAAGCUUGUGAGUGCACAAAAGGAUGCACUCUUGACUGUACAUCGGCACGUAUUGCCCUUAAAGAGAGGGAAAGGGGGGGGAGAGAGCUACACGGCGUCCGUCGAGCUCAAGAACCUGCCGAUUUAUUUACAGAGAUACCCUGUGCUGCUGGCACUCCCUUUAGUAAGCCAGCAUUCAGCCAAAGAAAGCAAAAGUGACUAUUUUGUCACAAACAAAAACCCAGUGCCCACUAUUUUUGGUACCAGGUUUCUGGCUUGCUUGCCAAUCUCACCAACAUGUUCCCACUUCCUUCAGCCAAAGUGGAUGGGGGAAUGAGGUGGGGGGAAGAGAGACAGAUGUAUCCUGGCUAGUGGGAAGGUUUUUCCUAGAACCUUGAAAAGUUGGAAUAGUGGGUUCCCCCCCCCCUAAAGGCAGCCUUGUCUAGUCAAGUCAAAGCUUAUGUAAGUCGAAUCUUUCAUAAAUCUGUGUUCUGAUUUUUAAUUUCACUCCCUUAGGGAUGACAUUAGCCACACUGGGUCUGCUUGCUAAACAGCGCAGUUAAUUUUUGUGACUGGGGAUUCAGGGUAUUGGCUACGAGUAAAGCAGGGGUUGAGGUUCCCUCCCCUCUCCUCCCCUUUACAGUUUUCAGGCUGUUGGUGCUGCUAGUUAGUGCUGCAGUUGUGUCAAGGGAAAAGCCUCCAGUACCACCCAGAUGAAAAUUUGUGGCCACUGGAUCCUGAAGAUCCUAAGAGCCAGCUUGGUGUAGCGGUUCAGAGCGCAGGACUCUAAUCUGGAGAGCCGGGUUGGAUUCCCCGCUCCUCCACUUGAAGCCAGCUGGGUGACUUUGGGUCAGUCACAGCUCUCUCAGAGCUCUCUCAGCCCCACCCACCUCACAGGGUGUUUGUUGUGGGGAUAAUAAUAACACAUUUUGUAAACCGCUCUGAGUGGGCAUUAAGUUGUCCUGAAGGGUGGUAUAUAAAUCAAAUAUUAUUAUUAUAAGUUCUUGCCAAGUAUCUCUUAAUGCUCACGUUUCCUAGAAAUUAUCUGACCUUUGGCUCAUUCGUGCUCUUUAUUUCUCACAAUUUUUUUACAUCUGGUGACAGACAGGUCCAGAAUCCAAAAGGGUGUUGUUGAUAACGUAUUUGGGUGCAUGGGGGGGGGGGAAUACUGCCUUUGUUACAAUGUUCUGCAUGUUAACUUCUUUGAGCGCAUGGCUCAGUGACAAAGUGAGCAGCUGUCCCAUCUCUCUCUCUCUGUCUGGCUGGUGGGUUUCUUUUUGAAACUCUUGUCAUAUUCUUGGUUCUAAAUGCAGUAUACAGGAGUGAUUCCUGCCGGAUUCAAGUGCGAUGUUCUUUUGUGGCAGGGUGUCUCUGCCGUGCUAACUGCAUGGAAUGAAACGAAACGGGGUCUCUGGUGCCAAAGGACUUUCCUUCCUCUUUGCAAAAAUAUUGGCUGCACCAGUAGCAUCCCUAGGCUCUCCCCCCCCCCCUUCCCGGCUUCUGGAUUGGCACAUUACUUUUCGGCAUGGUUGGUCACCGUGAGGUGUUCUCGUUACAUCAGUGUUCCUAAAGGUAGGUGCACCUUUGCCUGCUGCUACCUGACAUUUACCAUAUUGUGGUGACCUGUUGAAGGCAAAAGGUUUUCUUUGUGACGGUGGAUGCCCGCUCUGGCUGUAAGAUGACUCCGUUGGAGUGAUACCUUGCAAACAGAUAUGGUAGGACCAUCUCUUCCUGAUCUAUAUCAUGUCACAGUAAAUGUGUGGAUUGCCACAGGCAGCCGCUGUUCCAUGUGGCUCUCGUAAUAGCCCGAUCUCAGUUGGAGAAGCCGAUAUUGGUGGCUUCUUGUAGUUUUAUAUUAUAACCUCCCCUCCUUCCCCCGAUGAGCUCUCUCUUCCUGAUGUGUUGGGAGUGUUUUAACGCGGCCGGAUCAUUACUGCAUCAGUUUGCACAUUCUUUAGAGAUCGCGAGUAAAAACACAAAGUUCCUUCACAAUUUCAAGCUCUUCUCAUUCAAGCAGUUCCUUUCCUGUUGGUCAGCAAUAAAUCUGGCAACCUUAGCUGCCAGUUGUCUGAAACUAAAUGGCAAACCCAUCCAGUGACUGGUACCGAUUUCUCCUCUAACAGGGGCAUCUUAAGCUCGUUUGUUGCUGUUUUCUUUAGUAAUAAUAAGUUGCUAGAAACAUGGGAAUACAGUCUGACGAGGGAUUAAUUCAGCGAUCCCUACCCUUUGUGUGUUUAGGUCAUGCCUUUUAUGGAGUGUAUUUCAGAUACUGAUCUUUCCCCAUUUUGAAUAUCUAACUGGUAGAGUUCAGUUCAGUUGUAAAAGACCAGUAUUAGACUUAGCCAUUGGAAAGGGUGAAAUGUGAGUCUGUGCAGCCUCCCAGGUGUAACAUGCUAAACUACCAAAAUAAAAGGUGCUCUGUAGUGGGCUAGCAUACAACAGAUAAAAACACGUGAGACUCUGCCAGUUGCAGUGAGUUGUACAAAGCACAAUUUGACGUCUAUUAUUUUGGCUGUGUAAGUUCUAUAUGCCUGCCCUUCCCCCAGAUGGUCCUAGGAAAGGUAGCAGUCAGCCCCCGCAAGGUUUAAACAAAAUGGUGGGAAUAGUGAGUAAUUGGAAAGGGGGGGGGGACUGUUAGGAAGAGAUCCUGGGGGGUGGGGGGUGGGUGGGGGAUGAUAUAUCCCGGGUCAGCUGCUGACUUGCUUUGUGACUUUUUGUAUUUUGCAUAGCAACAAUAGCAACAGCUAGUCCACAGGACAGCUCAGAAAUUAGGAGCCUCCAUCCAAAGAAAGGAAAUGUCUACAUUUUCUGCCAGUGAACUACACUUCUCCUCCUGUUUGCCACCAUGUGCUGGCUCCCUUCCUUGCAUUUCAGGGCAGGAGGAAUUUUGGUUCUUGGUGGCAGCCUUCUCGUCUCCCGAGUUGAUGGGAGUAUCUAACUGGCAUCUGCUUAAAUCCCUGGAUUUUUUUUAGUUGUCUUAAUAUCUAGGAGCUGCGGGGGGGGGCGGGGGGGUUGUGUUAAAGAAUGUUAUGUGCUGUUUUAACCAAGAUUUUACUGCUAAGCUUGUUCAACUUUGCCUUAGAGCAGGGGUGUGCGUUGGGCUUGUCCGCACCUUGUCGCUUGCCCCCUCAAAGCUAUCCCCCCUCCCUCGCACCUGUGGCUUAUCAUAGCUGUCGUGUUUCUUUAGUGAUACUGCACCCGUGUGUGCAUGCAAAGGAUCAUAAGGGAACAGAGUAAGCAAUGUGGGAAAGGGACAAAGAAGAUACGGCAUAGCGGCCUGCCCGCUCCCCCCCCCCCCCGGUGAGGAAUCCGAUUUGGUUUAAACAUAAGAGGCCCAGGAUAUAUUCAGGGCUUGGCCUGGACUAAGGCCCAUGCCAGUUCCACUCCUGCAGAAAUUUUCAUCGUGUGACACGGCUGUACGUGUUGCACUUUGGCUGGUGGGCGGUGGCGGAAGAGAACAGCGUAAAACCUUCCUUCGUUGGGAGGAGUCUGAGACUGAGGCAGAUUUUAGGAAAGUUCUGUCCCGUAAGAGACCUGACUUGUGGCAGCUCCUUGCCAGUGGAACGCAGAGCUCUGGCUUGAGCAGCUGCUUCUGCCAGUCGUUCUCCCCGGUGGAAGUUGUGACCAGCAUCGCUAUCUCCGAGAGUUUGUCCCCAGGAUGCUCUCUCACUCAGAGGAGGAGGAGCAGCGCAGCAGAAGGGCCUCUGCACAGGCACCUGCACAACUGGGCGGCGACUUCUCUGGCCCGGGGGAGCCCGCCAGCCUCCUUGUCCUCAGCCGGAGCUGCCUCGGUCCUCUCCACCCAAAGCAGGACUCGUGUAACACACCUAGCACUUUUUUAAUAAACACAGCAAAUAACCUCCUUUUUAUCAGAGUAUUUUGGGACUUCUUACAAGUCAAGGUUUUUAAAACUAUAAAAUUUGAAGUGCCAUUAGGAAAUGUACAGUUCAUCACUGUUCAGUUAGCUUUUUCUUUUUUUUUUUCUUACAGAAUUAAGUCCAAAAUGAAAGAGGCGUGUAUGUGUUUUUUUUUAAAGGAAAUUGCUUAUUAAAAACAUUUGAAGAAUGA